AUGGAUGCUAAAAUCGAAGUGACUGAGGCGGGCGCCUUCGAUGACAGCCACAACAAGGCAAUUCUGAUCGUUACUUCUAUCUUCUUCGCUAUGUCAUUGUUAAGCGUGAUCCUAAGAUGCUUCGUUCGCACACGGAUCGUUCGUGCUUGGGGGUGGGACGACGGAAUUAUGGUCAUAGCCAUGGCCCUCAACGCAGCCUUCGCCAUCUGCGGAAUUGUUGGAUGUAAAUACGGACUUGGGAGGAAAUUGGCGUAUUUCACUUACCACCCAGACCACCUGCAACGCGCAAUGCUGUGCUGGUGGAUAGCCCAACUCUUCUACGUAUUAACUUGCGUCGCCGCAAAAGUCUCCAUCAUCAUCGCCCUUCUCCGCAUCACUGUCUCCCGCGUCCACGCAUACAUCCUCUACGCCGCUAUGACUCUCGCCACUGUUGUUGGCCUCAUCUUUUUCUUCUUCACCAUUUUCCAAUGCAACCCUGUCGACUAUUUCUGGAACCAUGCGCAGCCGAACGCUCAUGGCUCGUGUAUUGAUAAAAACCCCCUCAUCGCCAUCGCCUACUUGUAUAGUGUCGGCGCCGCUAUUACAGACUUGACUAUUGGAUUGCUUCCGGUGGCGUUGAUCUGGAAUUUGCGCAUGAAUCGCCGCACGAAGGGUGCCAUCGUCGCUAUCUUGGGGAUUGGUUGCGUUGCGAGCGCUGCGGUUAUUAUUCGCAUGCCUUUCAUCCACUCCUAUAAGGAUCCAGACUUUUUAUACGCCACUUACCAAAUCUCCAUCUGGUCCAAUGUCGAAGCGGGAAUCGGCAUCACAGCGGGGUGCCUAACAACAUUCCGUCCCUUAGUCCGCUUCCUCCGCGACAGUUCCUCGGAUGGUCUAAGCCGUACAGCAAGCUCGUUUCCACUAUCCGGCAACGUCGCCGGUGGCUUCCACCGUUCCAGGCCAUCGAAGCAGAUCUCCCGUGAUGACGGGCGCCAACUCUGGACUGGCAGGGGAAGUACUGACGAAUACCACGGCGUUACGACGACUAUCUCCGGUUCGCACCACAAAUUACCUAGUUCUAGUGAAGAGAACUUGGAUCCGUAUGGUGGCGACCUCGGUGCCGGGUGGAAAGUCGAGAGGUCUGUUCGCGUGUCUGUGCGCAAUUCAUGA